GCGGGCGGAUACGGCGGAAGAGGAGGCCGGGUAAUGGCCGCGGUGUGGCAGCAGGUCUUAGCAGUAGACGCGAGGUACAACGCGUACCGCACACCAACGUUUCCACAGUUUCGGACACAGUAUAUCCGACGGCGCAGCCAGCUACUGCGGGAGAAUGCUAAGGCUGGGCACCCCCCAGCACUGCGUCGGCAGUACCUGAGGUUACGUGGGCAGCUGUUGGGCCAGCGCUACGGGCCUCUCUCCGAGCCAGGCAGUGCUCGUGCCUAUAGCAACAGCAUCGUCCGCAGCAGCCGCACUACCCUUGACCGCAUGGAGGACUUUGAGGAUGAUCCUCGGGCCCUGGGGGCCCGUGGACACCGCCGUUCGGUCAGCCGCGGCUCCUACCAGCUGCAGGCACAGAUGAACCGUGCCGUCUAUGAGGACAGACCCCCCGGCAGUGUGGUACCCACGUCAGCAGCAGAAGCAAGUCGAGCCAUGGCUGGAGACACAUCGCUGAGUGAGAACUAUGCCUUUGCGGGCAUGUACCAUGUUUUUGACCAGCACGUGGAUGAGGCAGUCCCAAGGGUGCGCUUCGCCAAUGACGACCGGCACCGCCUGGCCUGCUGCUCCCUUGAUGGUAGCAUCUCACUGUGCCAGCUGGUGCCCGCUCCGCCCACUGUGCUCCGCGUGUUGCGGGGCCACACCCGCGGUGUCUCCGAUUUCGCCUGGUCCCUCUCCAAUGACAUCCUCGUGUCCACCUCACUCGAUGCUACCAUGCGCAUCUGGGCCUCUGAGGACGGCUGCUGCAUCCGGGAGAUCCCUGACCCUGAUGGCGCUGAAUUGCUCUGCUGCACCUUCCAGCCAGUCAACAACAACCUCACUGUGGUGGGGAAUGCCAAGCACAACGUACAUGUCAUGAACAUCUCCACGGGAAAGAAAGUGAAAGGUGGCUCCAGCAAGCUCACAGGCCGCGUCCUCGCUCUGUCCUUUGAUGCCCCUGGCCGGCUGCUCUGGGCGGGUGAUGACCGAGGCAGUGUUUUCUCCUUCCUCUUUGACAUGGCCACAGGGAAGCUGACCAAAGCCAAGCGUCUGGUGGUGCAUGAGGGUAGCCCUGUGACUAGUAUCUCCGCCCGCUCCUGGGUCAGCCGAGAGGCCCGGGACCCCUCACUGCUCAUAAACGCUUGCCUCAACAAGCUGCUGCUCUACAGGGUGGUGGACAAUGAGGGGACCCUGCAGCUGAAGAGAAGCUUCCCCAUUGAGCAGAGCUCGCACCCUGUUCGCAGCAUCUUCUGCCCCCUCAUGUCCUUCCGCCAGGGAGCCUGUGUGGUGACUGGCAGUGAGGAUAUGUGCGUACACUUCUUUGAUGUGGAGCGGGCGGCCAAGGCGGCGGUCAACAAGCUGCAGGGCCACAGCGCCCCCGUGCUGGACGUCAGCUUCAACUGUGAUGAGAGCCUCCUGGCUUCCAGUGACGCCAGCGGCAUGGUCAUCGUCUGGAGGCGCGAGCAGAAGUAGGAGCCUCCCGGCCCUGCCAUGUCCACCUUCCCACCUGGCCCAUGCUCCAGCCUUGUGUUUGUAAAUAAAGUUCCUGUGCUUGUGCCGA